CGCCGGCGAGUCCGUCCGCCCCCCUUCCCCUCCGACGAACUCCGAGCUCUUCCCGGAGAGCGCCGCCGCCACCGAUCCGGCCGGAGAGGCUCGCCGGAGUCGCCUGCGCGGCUGCCCAGGAUGGCCGCCAACUUCUGGACGUCGUCGCACUGCAAGCAGCUGCUGGACCAGGAGGACGUGGACAAGGUGCCGCAGGCGGACAGCGACCGCGGCAUCACGCCGGAGGAGUUCCGCCUCGUCAAGAUCCACAUGUCCUUCCAUAUAUGGCGAUUGGCACAGCAGGUGAAAGUUAGACAAAGAGUGAUAGCUACUGCAGUUACUUAUUUCAGGCGUGUAUAUACAAGAAAGAGUAUGACUGAGUAUGAUCCUCGUUUGGUUGCACCAACCUGUUUGUAUUUGGCAUCAAAGGUGGAGGAGAGCACAGUGCAAGCAAGGCUUCUUGUCUUUUACAUAAAAAAGAUGUGUGCUUCUGAUGAGAAGUACCGGUUCGAAAUCAAGGAUAUCCUUGAAAUGGAAAUGAAGCUCCUGGAAGCACUCGACUAUUAUUUGGUUGUUUACCACCCAUAUCGUCCACUUUUACAGUUAUUGCAGGAUGCUGGCAUAACAGAUCUGACACAAUUUGCCUGGGGAAUUGUCAAUGAUACUUACAAGAUGGAUCUUAUUCUCAUCCACCCACCAUAUAUGAUAGCAUUAGCCUGCAUAUACAUUGCAAGUGUUCUUAAAGACAAGGACACAACUUUGUGGUUUGAAGAGCUCCGUGUUGACAUGAACAUUGUUAAGAAUAUCUCAAUGGAAAUUUUAGACUUUUAUGACACCUACAAGAUUGAUCCUCAAAGGGGUAUCCCAGAGGACAAAAUAACCCCUGUGAUGAACAAGCUGCCUGCAAAGGCCUAAGGAAGACUGGAUGCCUAGCAAAACUAUUAUAGUCUGAGCGCUAAACUACCUUAUGCUCGUACAACAGGGAUGCGCCACAUUUCUUGGAAAACUUUAUUGUAGAAUGACAAAUUCAGAGGCACUCGCAGCUGUAAUUAGUAUCAGAAUUCAGAAGUGCCCCUUACGAACUUAAUGGAGAGGCACUCGAGGCUGUCAUGAUGCAGCAGCUUGAGAGUUGAGAGGCCUAAAAUCAUUUACAAUGAAGAUCCCAGCUGUUGGGAACGGACUGUAUGUGCUUGUGGAGAACUUACUUUGGUAGCUGACUAGUUUCUAUAUCAAAUGAAAUCUUUGAAAAGUUGAAAUUAUCACAGCGUGAAUGCUUGCUGGCUUGUUGAAGUGACUGUCAAAUUCAUUC